GUAACACUUUGUCUUGCGUGUUCCUCGUCUCUCCUGCCACGCUUUCUUAAACCGAAAUCAACGAGUCCGAACCCACUCGCUCCUAUCCAAUCAGGACUACAGUUCAGCCCGGAUGUCUUCCUCACUCGAUGUUGUGGCCGACCCAUCUGCCCGGAUUGCCUGUCGAAUACCCCUCACCUUGCGCGGUACGAUCCUUGCCUAGCUUGUUUAGGAGGCGUAAGCGCUGUCGCUGCACGGAACAACAGACGUGUUCAACUGAAGACAGUGAACAAUGGCACAGAGACGAUGAAUGUGGCUGGUGCCUUAAGGGACCAAGAUGUUUUUGCCAUCGGAGAAGACGACCUUUCGGAGAACGACGACAUUGGCGAUGGACCAGAAAAUCGCUGUAUGGAGACAAGUGAUGGUGCUACCCCUCCUCCAGUGUAUUCAUCUUAUCCUGAGCUUUCAGGCGGAGAGUCGCCCUCGCGGACAAUCACUAGUGACUCAACACCCCCUACUCACCAGGAAUACGUCCAUGCUCCGGAUUUAAAGGGAAGCUCUGCACCCUCCAGAUAUUAUAUCAAACCUAGCGACACGCUGAUGGGUAUCGCCCUUCGUCACGGCGUCGAUGGUCGAAAUCUCUGUAGACUAAACAAUCUUCCCACAAGCACUUUGAACACGACCCCUCACCUCUUGCACACGCGUACAUUUCUCACCCUUCCACCUGCGGACAAGCUUCGUACGCCGAUCCUCUCGCCUCUCUCUUCACGCUCAUUCGACGCUGAAGACGAAGCACAACGAGCUAAAACUCGAGCAAUCGAACGUGCGCAGAAGCGUUUCCAAUUUGUUACGAAGGAGGUGGACUGGCGCGUUGCGAGAGCAUACAUCGCGCUCGAGGAUAACGAUGAGUCUGCGGACAAUGGAAACAUGAAGGAGUGGGUGAAAAGGGAGAAGAGAAGUGCAUUCGAAGGAUCCGAUGCCACUGCAGUCAGUGUAGAAAACCGCGCAGUAGAUCGGUAUCUAGAUGACGAUGAGUGGGAGAGGGAGGAAGGGAAGAACAUGAAGAUAGAGCCUAUUCCA